AAGAGGAAUGCAAGGUUUUUAACCUACAGUGGUCAAGUCCAAUACGUACCAAGAAAAUGAGAGGUCGUUGUUCGAACCUUGGAGAUUUUCAUUUCUGUUUUUGUCGUUAACCCAUUUGAUUUGAUUUUCGGACGCUCCCACCUUGUUUCAGUAACUUGGACGCUGAGAAUUCAGAAUAACAGGGACACCCAGUUAACGUUUUUAUCACUUAUUUCUUAUUUUCUUCUUCUUGCGUUUGUGAGAAACGCCCCAAUCCAGAUUUUCCAACUUCGUUACUACAUUUUCCCAUUUUUUUGGACGAGCGCCAAUUCCAGUUGAGAUACUUUGCUGUUCUAAACUGAGUCAACAACUGAAAUUUGUGGCACUAUACUUAGAUGGCGGCAACAUUGGCUUCCCACAGCUGUUAUUGCCGCGAAACAAAGUUAAAUGAGGGGAAAGGGAAACAAGCCUAUGAUCUGUCUUUUUCAAGAUCAAUUUCACUUCAUACAUUCAACAAGAUUGAGAAGUCAACUUGGAGUCCUCCAAGUUCUCAACAUUUCAGGCUUCAAAAUGAAAUGCAGCAGAAUACAUCGCCCCCUAGGUUUAAUACUAUGGGAAGAACUGUUAAGAUGGUACCCAUAAAUGAAAUAGUGAAAAAGAGAGCUGUAUCUGCCAACAAAGUUGAGAACAUAAAUGGUAAAAAGCAAGUUAUCAAUGGGGCAAGUAUAGUUAAGCGCAGCCCGUCUCCACCUUUGGUUAAGGGAACAAAUGUUGCAGACUCAAAGAAGCUCCCACCAAUUGAGGAUCUUAAGGUUUUACCCUCAGAUGAAGGUUUCAGUUGGGCUAAUGAAAAUUAUAACUCUGUGCAAAGGAGCAUUGAUGUCUGGAGUUUUGUCAUUUCCUUACGAGUCCGAGUUUUCUUAGAAACUACAAAAUGGACAUAUGCUGGAGGUUUUUCAGAAGAUAAGCAGAAAAAAAGAAGGCUAAAGACUGCAUCUUGGUUGCGGGAGCGUGCGCUGCAGCUUGGCCCUACUUUUAUUAAGCUUGGACAGCUCUCCUCAACUAGGUCAGAUCUGUUCCCUCGUGAGUAUGUGGAUGAGCUUGCUAAAUUACAGGAUAAAGUCCCUGCUUUCUCUCCAGAGAAAGCAAGAGCAUUCAUUGAGAGUGAACUAGGCGUCCCCAUUGAUACAUUGUUCAGAGAAUUUGAGGACCAUCCUAUUGCUGCUGCAAGUCUUGGUCAGGUCCAUCGUGCAAUACUCCAUAAUGGAGAAAAGGUGGUCGUCAAAGUCCAAAGGCCUGGUCUCAAGAAGCUUUUCGACAUUGAUCUACGGAAUUUGAAGUUGAUUGCAGAAUAUUUUCAAAACAGUGAAACUUUUGGUGGUCCUACCAAAGAUUGGAUUGGUAUAUAUGAAGAAUGUGCUACGAUUUUGUAUCAAGAAAUUGACUACAUAAAUGAAGGCAAAAAUGCUGAUAGAUUUCGCAGGGAUUUUCGUAAUAUAAAGUGGGUCCGAGUACCUCUUGUCUUUUGGGACUACACUGCUUUGAAGGUAUUGACUUUAGAGUAUGUACCAGGAGUUAAGAUAAAUCAGCUGAAUGUUCUGGACUCACGUGGCUUUAGUCGCUCUCGAAUUUCAUCACGUGCCAUUGAAGCAUACUUAAUUCAGAUCCUGAAGACUGGUUUCUUUCAUGCUGAUCCUCAUCCGGGAAAUCUUGCUAUUGAUGUGGACGAAGCAAUCAUAUAUUAUGAUUUUGGUAUGAUGGGGGAAAUCAAGUCCUUCACUAGAGAGCGGCUGCUUGACCUUUUCUAUGCAGUUUAUGAGAAAGAUGCAAAAAAGGUUAUGCAAAGGCUUGUUGAUCUUGAAGCACUUCAGCCCACAGGAGACAUGUCUUCGGUGAGGAGAUCCAUUCAAUUUUUCUUGGACAAUCUGUUGAGCCAGUCACCAGACCAGCAGCAGACACUGGCUGCAAUUGGUGAGGAUUUAUUCGCAAUAGCUCAAGAUCAACCUUUUCGAUUCCCCUCCACCUUUACUUUUGUCUUGAGGGCAUUUUCUACCCUUGAAGGUAUAGGCUACACACUUGACCCGGAUUUCUCCUUCGUCAAGAUUGUGGCACCAUAUGCACAGGAGCUUUUAGACUUAAAACAGAAGGAGCGGAGUGGAACACAACUUGUGCAGGAGAUAAGAAAACAAGCUAAUGAUGCUAGAACAUCCACCAUUUCCAUGCCGUACAGAGUCCAAAAGAUAGAGGAAUUUGUACAACAGCUCGAGUCCGGGGACUUAAAGCUUCGAGUCCGAGUGCUCGAGUCUGAAAGAGCAGCAAGGAAAGCAACAAUACUUCAGAUGGCAACGAUGUACACUGUGAUGGGUGGUACCCUUUUGAACCUCGGAAUCACCCUAAGCUCUCAAGGAAACCAAGCUGUUGCAGGUGGAUCUUUCGUUGGAGCAGGUGAGCUCUUUUCCCAUGGCAUAAGUUCAAGUUUGAAGUUCACAUCUUACCUUGAUCUUUCUGUGAAAUGCAGGAGUUUUCAUGACGCUUGUUCUUCGAUGUAUGCAAAGGGUUAAAAAGCUUGACAAAUUUGAGAAGAUGGUAUGACUUUCGACCCUCCAAACACAAUCAACUUUCUUGUAUAUCCAUUCAUUAGAAACUCUGCUACACAAUCCUUUCAACAAGCAUAUUACAGAUAUAGAAUCCCUUUUUCUCUCUAUAUUUGUUAGAGUAAAGGCAAGUCCCCGGCAGUUUGGAAGUGAAAACUGCAUAGAAGAGGAAGAAAACAAAAAUUGAUUAUUAGUGACAGAGGAAUCAUUUGGUGUAACCCUGUCCUGAAUUAGAAUUUUGAACAAUCACUUUCAUUAUAAAUUUAUUAUAUUCUUUACUUUUAUUUCA